CCCUUAAUCGAUGAAUUGACGCUCCUUGAGCACUACCACUAAAACAGUGAAAGCAUUGACUGCCUUGCUUCGAACUUGCUUCGACUGAGUUCUUAUUUCAAGCUCUCGGUUCAUGGCAGUUUAUGUCACAAGACAAUACACAGCACACAGAAAUGUUCUCAGGGAGGCUGCUGUAUAUGGAAUGACUCAACAUAAAUGGCACUUUUGAGUGCUUGUAAUGAGGUGAAAUAAUUAGAUAAGGAUGUGGUUCCAGCCAGUAAGACGGUCUGGAACAAAAACGCCUUUAGGCGAAAAAUGGGCCUUACUGGGAUGGUGGACUUUCAGGAACUGUACUGUUUAAAGUCAUGCGCUCAUUUGCAGUUUCUACACGCACCAAUAACAAGUCAAGUCUCGUUACUGUUUGUGUACUGCAUUACCUUUUGCACCACUUCUGCAGGAGAACCAAGUGCCAAGCCUUAAGUACCAAAGGCAGACAAGCCAAGUAUUGUCAGUGCUUCCCAAGCUUUCUUGAGCCAAGAACCCAAAAUCUUACAAUACCACCAAACAAAAACAUCACAAAAAGUAGAGAUACUGAAAUAAAGAAGCCAUGACUUGUUCUGUUCUAUAAAUGGCAGCAAAGGGAUAAACGGGUUUAUUGUACGAAUGGAAGGUCAUUUAAGAGUUGUCACUAUAUGUCACUGGCAUAGAGACAUGAAGAAAGAUAUUUUUGCUAGUUGCUAAAAAAUAAACUACUUCCAUUUUUUUGCUCCUUCUAUAAUGCUCUUAACAUGCUGAUGUCACCAAAGCCACGAGAGUAGUAAUUAAUGUCAAAGUGAUACCUCUUUACUGAGAGACUAACAGCUUUGUGUGUCGGGGAGGAGCUAAGUUUAGCCUGGGUUAGUGAAAGUUAUGGAGAGCCUUUAGCAACAUUUGCGUGUCCGUCUUUAUUUUUUUUUAAAUCGAACAAAUGCCAAGAAAUAUGAAAUGUUUUGCGAUAGUAGAAUUUGGUGCAUCAAUUGCUCAGUUUUUUGCUAAUUGCAGCGGGGGGCUAAUCUGUACCAUGCUGAACUAUUGUGUUAAACUGCUUUCACCUUGAUCUUUUUAACCCCUCAUCCUGACAUCUGUAGUGUGGGUUUGCGUCAAAUUUGGCUUUGAGAUAUUUCCAAAGAGCGCGGAACAAGUCGAGACUGGAAGCAGCUCGAGCGAGUUGUCGGGGUGCAGAUGCCUUGCCUGAUUCAUCAAGUUUCGCAGCGAAACCAAGAAGUGUCACAAUGAACGCCAUCCUCUGCACACCUCCCACCCCCAGACUCGAUUUCCUGUCUGCCAUCUCUCAACGCUUUUUACACGCUCCCUUCCUCCUUCACUUAAUGAAGACAUGUUGGAAGUCUCGAUAGUUUGGCGACAACUGCGAAGAGGUCGUUGUGUUUUGGUUUCAUUGUUCCACAUUGAUUCAUUUUCACUUUGUACACAGGUCCGAUCCCGGCCGAGCAAGAGGGUGAGCUGGCCAUGGGUGUGGGUCGGAGCGAAACGGCGCCACUGAGCGGGCCGGCGGUGCAAGGCCUGAACACGACGCAGAAUUCCCAGCGUCCGAGCACCUGCUGUUUCUGCUGGUGCUGCUGUUGCAGCUGCUCAUGUCUUACCAUCAGGAAUGAAGAUGAGAGGAGGCGUAGGAGGAAGAGGAUAUCACAAGACAACAAGAUGGAAUCAAUACCAAACUGUGAAGCUUGCACCAAACCUUCAAUUGAGGAGAUGCAACUCUGGGCCCAGUCCUUCGACAAGCUGAUGAGGAACCCGGCGGGACGCAAUGUUUUUCGGGAGUUUUUACGCACGGAAUACAGUGAGGAGAACAUGCUCUUCUGGCUGGCCUGUGAAGACCUCAAACAGGAAAUGAACAAGAAAAGCAUGGAGGAGAAGGUGCGCUCCAUCUACGAGGACUAUAUUUCCAUAUUGUCGCCAAAAGAGGUAAGCCUGGACGCUCGCGUACGAGAGGUGAUCAACAGGAAGAUGCAGGACCCGACGCCUCGCACUUUUGAGGACGCCCAGUUGCAGAUCUACACAUUGAUGCACAGGGAUUCCUACCCACGAUUCCUUUCCUCCAGCAUCUACAAGUCGCUCCUUCACGGCAACUCACGUAGUUCCUCCGAGUCCUAGUCCAGCACCAUCCACACGCCUCCCCACCGACCAUUUCAUAUCCCGAUAGGUGACACCCGCCUUCACCCCAAAUCGAUGCCAUGACUGCCAAGACUUUCAAUUUUGUGCCAACCGCCCUCUUGCGUACCUCCCUUUUCUCUCCACCUUCUUUCGUCUCAUUCUUUUAAUAUCCAAAAAAUGUGAUCAGAGCAUAAUCAGUCUAACCAUGUAACUUUGCCUCUGCUCAAGUUCCUAUCCAGUGCUUAUUUUUUUUAAAACUGCAACUGGCCACUGAUAAUUAGUGAUGAUGUUUUGUCAUCUGAGACACUUUUGAUAAUCCAACCAGAGGAAUUAAGCUCGAUUACAAACCGGCUGAGGCUAAAAUGAAUGUCCCUAUCAUGUGAACGGUAAUGAAGCCUAAAGUACCAGCACCAACUACUGAAUAAUAUUAGCGGUAACAUAUUUACGUAAAUCUAGAGUAGCAUUAUUCAAUAUGUGCUAUGGUUAAGUCAAUAGCACAUUUUCUCCACAUUCUUUCUGUUUCCUCUUACAUUCAUUCCAAAACAUACACGUUAGGUUCAUUGACGACUCAAAAUGGUUCGUAGGUGUGAAUGGCAGUGUGACUGCUUGUUUGUCUUUUUGUUUGUCAAUUGGCUGACGACCAAUCCAGGGCGUACGCCGCCUCUCAGCCAAAGUCAGCUAGGACUUGAAGGAGGAGGGGCAGUCCCGGACUAAAACCGGGGCCCUAAGCGAGAAUGUAUUCUCCCCCCCCCCUUCCAAAUGUUUUUGUUCAACAGUAAACACUUAAUAGCUGUCUACUCGACUUACAUAAAUAUCAAUUAAAAAUAACUUUAACAAAAUCUAAAGUGAAUAUGCGCGUGUGCCUUUAACAUUUUUUAGAUGCCAGGUCAUAAAUGAGCUCAUUGUGUUGUGCAAUGUCAUGAUUUAUGCUUCUGAUCGCCGAGCCACUGAAGCGUUCGUCGAGCGGGGACAUCUUAUCGAGCUUUGCCUCUCAAAAGACUGAAACAGGUAGAGUUACUGCAGUGCGAAGGGCAAUCUAGAGAUUUGGAUCAAAUACAAAUAUCAUGUAAAAACUACUACCGUUAUGAUUACAAUACUAUCUGUUAUUAUCGACUAUGCAAAUACUAGCCCACUACUGCCCCUGUUAGCACAACAGUAAGAAAACUAACUUGACUGGGUGUAAUUUGAUUGACUAAUUAAUAAAUAAUCGUACUUUAACUCAAAUUUGGCUAAAGUUAGUACACACCCACUGUCAUUUUGAUCAAUUCAAGCUUUUCAUCCAAUGAAAGUACAAAAUGCCAGCUUGCUUGAGUUACGUUGCUUCAUUCAAGUUGUAAUGUACUCGCUCUCGUACACCAUUGCCCAAACAACGCCUGUCCUAUGUCGUGUAAACAAUCUCAUUCUUAAAAUGUAUGAGACAUGAGCGUUGCAAUAAAUUAACUAACUCUCUAUGUCAGGGUUGGCACUGGCUCAUGGAACCUUUUAGUCAAUGUGACUAAAAGUGAUUUAAAAAAAAUCUCCUAGCCACAUUUGAGUGCAAUUUUCCAUGAAGUCUCCAAUUUUCUUUUUUUACUUUCAAUAUUUAUCAUCCAACAUAUUUAAUUGUAUUUAAAAAACAGUUUAAUUACUUCCUCCCAACUUGUAGUAGACAGCACGUCAACUUAGGCUUUGUAAAGGCGGCCCUGAGCACCAUAGAGAAUAGAGGGAUGUAUGUUUGGAAUAUCAUUUAUAUCUCAAGCUGUAUUUAAGUUCCAUGUCUACAUUUUAUUUCAGCACAGAAUUAUUUCUGUCUAUUUAGUCUCAUUGGCAGUCCCUCCUUGUCUUUUUCCAACUCACCUGAUAUUUCGGGCAGACGGAAAGACUGCAGAAGUUCAACUCCCAAAGCUUGUUAAUCAGCCAAUCACCUUUAAGAUUCACUGAGUGGAGGGCGACCUUGACUCUGCCCACCUACAAGCCUUGUUUGCCUUCUUUCAGGGUUUGUCUUUCUUCCCCUUUGCCAACUGGAAAGCACAGGACCAUUUCUCCAAACGGUUUUCUUCUUAUUGAUGUGAUAGACUCAUGAUGGAUGCUGACUACUGAUUUACAAACUCAAACAAGAGAUGCUGUUACCCCCCCUAAAAAUUACAGCAAUGGGAUUUGACCCAUUGUUGAUCUGUUUGAAUUUAUUUCUUUGUGUCUGUCACUUUUCACACUCUGGGAUUUUUUUUUUUUUUUAAUGCAGAAAGAGGUGGUUCCUUUUUGGACUGAAUUGAUCCAAACAUGAUGCAACACUCUCAAACUGCAAUAAAAAAACUGGAGUUCACACACACACACACACACACACACACACACACACACACACACACACACAGUAUUUAUAUCACCAUACUUCAGACGUAUGUUAUUCUGUAAAACUGAAUGUGUUUCUUACAACUAAAACUUUUCUUAACAGCCAAUGUUCAAAUAAUAUAAAUAUAUAUAAUUUUUUUUUUCCUCAAAAACCAGAAGUGGGGUAACUCAGAUACACAAGCAAUGUAUUUAUAUCAUUACUUUGGAGAUUCGACUUAGGCGUAUUUAUUUAUUUAUAAGUACACUGGAACCUCUUAGGUCGAACACAAUCUGUUGUGGGAUGCCGGUCAACCUCCAAUUCCAAACUAAGUUCAAUGCCACCAAACAUACUCGUAUAGAAAGUUUUUAUUAAAAAAAAAAAAUAAAAAAUCAGCCAAUGACAGCUCGUAUCUUGGAAAAACUCACAAGGCGAGUCGUACGUAUAUUAUGGCACCACUUUAUUCACAUGCAAAAAACGUAAGAGACCAAUGCCAAAGUUGUAAUACAUGUAAAAACAUUUAUUUUCACCAAUAACUCACUAAUAAGUGUAAAUAGAAAUGUUAAUAUGAGUAAAAACAAUAUCUGCCUUAACUUUUGAAAAACAAGUGUCUCCGUUUGCAAACUGUGUGACACUAGAAUCUGACUGGCCACUGAUUAACAUAACUUACUGUGUACAGUAUAUUAUUAUUUUUUUCAUUCUCGUGUUAUUCUCCCUCCACUCUGUUUAGGAAACUUCUACUUAUGAAAUAAGUGUUCAGGAAAAAGCCAAAUGAACAAUACCCACAGUUGAUGUUUAUUGAAUUGAGAUGAAUAAAAGGGAAGUGAAGCAAUAUUACGGCAGUUUGAAGUUUGAAACAUGUUUUCACCCAAAUAUGGGCUCAAAUUAUGGAAUUGUGCAACCCAUGGGAUGUUCGACUUUAGAGGUUCCAUAUUUGUGUCGAAACCCCACCAAUGUCUCGCUGUUACAUGUUCGGAAGUGUCUUGAGAUGUCCUAUACAAUAGCUCAAUUGUUUCUCAGCAGCCCGAAGGCAAAAUUGUUUUGUUUGUAAGUAUAGUGAUGCAAAUACACACGCACACACCAGGGUGGCCUACCUGGUUGCUGCUGCUGACCCCUGCCUCUGUGACUUCUCACCUUUGACCUCACCACUGUUUGCCCCCGGCCCGCUGAUUGGGUGCCGGCGGCCUCUGGGCACAACUGUGGUUGGUGGAUUCAGGAAGGAGGCGGGAGAAACGUUCACAAGUGCAAAACCAGUCACAAUAUUAGGGACACUUGCGUAAUAGGAUAACUCAUCCAAAUGUGCUUUUACAAAGAUCACAGUGCUCAUUUUCCCUUUACACUGUCAUGGGCGUUUUCAUGUAGCAACUGAAUGUUUAUUCAUGUGUUUUUAGUUUUCUGUAGUGAAGAACUGUAUCAACACAAGAGCAUUAUUUUUGUUCGCUCAUCGCUCGCUUUGAGCAUUAUCUUUACAAAGCAACUUUGUAAUACAGCAAUUGUAUUCAAAUUGAUUAUGUUGCACCACUGGUCCAAAUGCUGUGGUUGGUUAGUGAUGCCUCGUGGGAAAUUUACUCGGAGUCAGUCUAUGGAAGAAGUUUUGGCAAAUAUGAAAAAAGCCCAUUUUUAACAAAACUGGUCACUAAAUGCAUUUAUCUUGGUAUUAUUCUUGUUAUUUAUUUUAUAUUUGGUUGAAAAACUGUGAUUUUAAUUGUACAUAUCUAAAGAGAAAGUCUUGAAUAUCCAACAA